CGGGAUUUGACCCAACACAGAACACACAGGUGGAUGAGUUUUCGCUUGCAGAGGACGUCGAGACGGAAGAGGCGCCGACCGAGCAGUGCCAUGGGGAAGGCUGGUGUCGCUCUCGUCCAGCCACGCCAACGUGGACCUGGUCGAGGACGAGUACCUCAUGGGCCGCGGGCGCCAUUCGUCGCCGGGCCUCCGGUUCACCGACAUCCGGGUCUCGGGCAAGCACUGCAAGCUGGAGCGGAGCGAAGCGCCCAACUCGACGACGCGUGUUGUCUUUCUCACGGACCUCUCGUCCAACGGGACGUACGUCAAUGGGCGCAAGAUCGGACGCGGCCGACGGGUUGUGCUCGCCAACAACGAUGAGGUCUCGCUGGUCAUCACCACCAAGGGAAGCAACAUGGCCGACUCAAACGCGUGCGUGGCGUAUCUUUACCAGGACCUCUCGGCCGACGCAACACUCGGGACCGGCUCGCUCGAUCCCGAAGUGUCAGAGACUAUCGGUUCGCGCUACGCGCUGCGGCACACGCUCGGCUCGGGCGCGUUUGCGCAAGUCAAGCUCGGCUACGACCUGGCAUCGGGCGAGCAAGUGGCGGUCAAGAUCAUCGACAUUCACAAGUUCCGACUCAACAAGCAUCUGCGACAGGAGUCGCUCAUGGACGAGGUCAAAGUGCUGCAGGCCAUCUCGCACAAGGGCAUUGUGCGAAUCAUCGACUCGUUCAAGACCGAGCGGUACCUGUACCUGGUCCUAGAGCUUGUCACCGGCGGCGAGCUCUUUGACCGCAUCAUCGAGCGCGGGCGGCUGACCGAGGCAUCGUCGGCGUCGCUCAUGGUCCAGCUCACCGACGCGGUGGCGUAUCUGCACUCGGUCGGCAUUGUCCACCGCGACCUCAAGCCGGAGAACAUUCUAUUUGAGAGCACCGACGACGAUGCUUCCAUCAAGCUCACCGACUUUGGGCUUGCCCGCAUCCUCGGUGCGACCGAGGUCAUGACCACGCUCUGUGGCACGCCGCAGUAUCUGGCGCCCGAGGUCAUUGUCUCGCAGGCCUCGGCGUCGGGCUACGACGCCUCCAUCGACGUCUGGUCCAUGGGUGUCAUCCUCUACAUUGUUCUCUCGGGCAUUCCGCCGUUUUACGAAGAGCGCAAGAUUCCCAUCUACACCCAGAUCACCCAAGGCAUGAUCUCGUUCGAGGCCGCCGUCUGGGCCACCAUCUCGCCCGACGCUAUCGACCUUGUCAAGGCGCUACUCACUCUCGACCCGCGGAAGCGGCUCCCGCUCCGAUCCAUCUACACGCAUCCGUGGAUUAAGCGGCAUGUGCCUGACGCCGGCGCCUCGGCGCCGCCGCUCUCACGCAAGCGGGCGCUACCCAAGCCCGACGCUCUAGAGCCGAGCGACGAUGCGCGCGAGUCCAAGAAGGCACGGCAACUGGACAAGGUCGUGGUGGAACCGACGACGCGGACGACAUGACAGGAUGCGGCUACGGGCGUAGCAGAGCCAUCAGCUGGUUCCGCUGCGCCUCGCUCAGCGACUCGAGCCUUGCGGUGGGAAAGUCGACGUCAAACUUGACGAUGAGGUCGCCCUUGCGCGGGCCGUCCUUUGCGCGGCGCGGCAUGCCUUCGCCGGCGACCCGGUGGCGGGUGUUGGGUGUGAUGACCGACUCGGGCUCGAUGGUGAUGGUGCGGCCGUCGAGGGUCUCGAGCGAGAAGCGGGCCGACUUGGUGAGCGCGGCGGCGAGCGGAACGCGGACAGUGGUCUCGAGGCAGUCGCCAACCCGCUUAAACGUCGAGUGC